AUGUCGGCUUCUUUCCGCCUUGCGGCAGCCACGUUCCUCGCCAGCCUCGCCGGCUUCGCCCUCACCACCCAAGCAACGCCAGCCAACCCCACCGCCAACCUCCUCCUCCCCGAAAUCAUCACCUUCCCUAACAAUAAUACCGGCAACAUCGACGUCGACACAGUCCAAGUAGGCACCUACGGCACCCCCGGCUGCAAUGACGUAGUUACCGCCGACUGGGUGCGUUUAGACUGGGCGUACUGCCUGACCCCGCGCAACCCGGCAUAUUCGGUCGCAUGGCUGUACGAGGGCACGCUGAGGUGCAACGUGCGGUCCUGGGCCGAGGCUGGCUGUCGGGGGGCGUCGACGGUGAUCCCGGAGAAUACUUGUCUGGAUGUGCCAAGUCUCGGCUUCAAAUACUAUAAAUCCCUACGCUCGACAUCCAGCUUCAUUCCCACACCGACCAACCUGCCGAGCCAACCUACACAUCGACGCCCUUGCCCCGUACCUACAGCCUUUCCACGCCACGAAGAUGUUCCCUCUCACCAUGCUCCUUCUCCCUCUCUGGCCCUCGCCACCCUCGCCUCCCCUUCCAGCGCAGCCCCCACCACGAACCUGACCGUCUCCCAGCAACAGCCCAAAGCCGCCAACAGCAGCACCCUCGCGCCAUUCAUGGUGAAAGGCAAAAUCGAAGACAAGUACUUCAGCGCGUCCUGCCACACGGCGACGCUAGUCUCGGCGCACCCGGUAUGGUACCUGAAGGCGGACUGCGAGACCCAGCACAACCACGAGCACAUGAUUAUCGGAAACUGGAACGGCUACCUGUUCUGCGUCAAGGAGGAGCUCAAGGGCGACGAGAGCUGUGGCUAG